GGGAUGCGCUUCAGGACGGCGGUAACCAUUGGCCAUCCAAAGCCAGAGCCACCAAGGAAUCUCAAACUUAAUCCAACAAUCGGAUUCGAACUUGGACUCCGAUUGACGGCCCUGAACGAUGACUGCCUGCUGUUGAUUUGCGAACAGUUAUCCCUGGGCGACCAGCUGCGGUUGUUGCAGCUGCAGGAGGAGCGCCUUUGCCACUUGGUGCUCCGCCUGUGGUGUGGCAAGUAUGCCAAGCAAUUUGAUUGGAACCGGGACAGGCGACAAUUGAAGCAGCUGAGUCCUGAUGAGCUGACUCAACUCUUGGAUCUCCUGGGCAACCGUACCAGAGCUCUGCUCAAUCUGCCGGGCUCCAGUGAUGAAGGCUGCAGGAAGUGGCUCAAACAGAGGCAGAGAAGGAGGUGUCAGCUCACUCACCUCCAAAGGCUUAGCUUCCGCAAAAGUGAUAUCUUAGUGAUACAGACAGUACCUAUAAUGUGCUCGAAUCUGAUGGAGUUGAGACUGGGUGAAGGAGAGCAUUUAACUAGCAAAGACUUAAAUGUAUUAUUUGAAAAACUCCCCAACCUUAGAGCCUUCGAACUGAGGUCUAUUGAAGAUUGCGAGAAGCACGGCACUCUUAGAAAUUUUCCCCCAAACCUGGAGAUCCUAAAGCUGCCCGCCUGCCUGCUAAACUCCUCCAUUGCCAGGAUCUUCACAUUAGUGCGCCUUCGGCUAUUGACAGGCUUUCUGUGUCGGAGUUCUGAACGUUUUAAGGAUAGUGAUGAUGGUGACAAAGCAAAUGCCAGUAGCUCUGGGAUAGGAACUCUGAACGCUUGCCUAAGGGAACUUGGCACUGCUCGGGGCCACUGUCACAUUGUGGGUCUCCGCUUGCAGUGUCGCCUGGAUGACAGCCUGCCAUCUGCAUCUGCGUUCACGGAUGUGCUCCGGCUGCGGCACUUUGCCUGGCACUCGCAGCUGACGGUGCACUAUGAUGUCGCGGAUGGGAGCAUCAGGUGGCGGCCACAGCGACCGCAGGCGGUGCUCUCCCUUCUGCCCUUCAUUGCCUCGCAGGAGCAGAGUCUGCGGGAAUUGGAUUUCACGCGUAACGCACAUGCCACGCCCACAUUCCUCGCCCAGCUGAGCGCCCACUUGAGGCAAUCCAACGGAUGCCACAGCUGCCACUCCCACUCACUUUCCCAUUUCAGUUCCCAUUCCCAUUGCCCCAAAAUGACGGAUACGGAUACGGCUGAGACAAACGAUUUGGCGUUUGUCGAGCUGGAAUUGCUGCAUUUGCCUAAUGAACAAACGGAAGUGGAAGUGGGCACCGGAGAGAUGAGGAUGGCGAUGAGGGAUUACCAUCCCAGCCAGGGACAAUGAUGAUAAUGGAUGGUGGAGAGAUUGCGAUUGCUGAUGAUA